CAUCCUGAUCAUUGAAACUCGCCUGGGAUAAAAGCAGAAGGAAUCGUCUGAGGUGAACAAAGAAGUGAUUUCAGUUUUGUUGAAUAUUGACAUCCGAGUGAUUGAAGAAUUAACUUUCUCGUUAAAGUAAGUUGAAUCAUUCAGCCUCAGGAGCAAACAGCAACAUGCUUGCACCUCGUGCGUUUGAAUUCCUCAAUUCAAGAAAGAUUAUCCUUGCAAGUAGUUCCCCAAGAAGAAUAGAAAUGCUUCAAAAAAUGAGACUCAAGUUCGAUACAUAUCCUCAUAGCUUUGCUGAGGAUUUAGUACCAGAGGAUUUUGAAACAGUGGAAAAGUUUGUUUUGAAGACUGUUGAUCUCAAAACUUUUCAUGUACUUAAAGAAUAUGAAUCAAAAGGUAUGAGUAAGCCAGAUGUUAUUAUUGCCGCUGAUACUGUGGUUUCAAUUGCAAGAAGUUAUGAAAGGCCGAUGAAACAAAAACUGUUUGGAAAACCCAUUGAUGAAGAGGAUGCAGAAAGAAUUCUAAAAAGCCUGAGCGGACGAGCUCAUUACGUUGUUACAGGUGUUACCAUUAACCUACCAAAGGAAAGUACUCCUAUGGAGUUUCGUUUCUGUGAGGAAACUACUGUCAAGAUGUCAGUAUUGGAUGAGGAAACCAUUAAGGAAUAUAUUAAGACUGGUGAGCCUAUGGACAAAGCUGGCGCUUAUGCCAUCCAAGGACUAGCUGGUGGUUUUAUUGAAAGCAUCCAAGGAGAUUAUUCAAAUGUCGUUGGAUUUCCAGUUUACAGAUUUUGUAAGGUGAUGAAAGACAUCAUCACACUAUUUUUUUAAAAACCAAGGAAAUAAAUUGUCAU